GGUAAAUAACGUAGACUCUGCCGGGUAACAUUUUCUCGGUAUACAAACACAAUUUUGUAACAUUAAUUUCACAUGGAGUUCUGUUAAACAAAUUAGUUCAUCCUGAAACCCUCCAAAACCCCUCUAGAAAAUUCUUUUCUUCACAAGAUAAUUUCUAAAAUGGAGGAAAUUUCAACAGUAGUUUUGGUCAUUGGAGCUGGCCCGGCCGGUCUAGCGACAUCUGCAUGCCUAAAUGAACGAGGAAUCAACAACAUUGUUCUCGAAAGAGAAGAUUGUUGCGCUUCCUUGUGGAAGAAACGCGCUUACGACCGCCUCAAACUUCAUUUGGCUAAGGAAUUUUGCCAGCUCCCUCACUUGCCGUUCCCUCCUCGUACACGAACUUUCGUGAAAAGGAAUAAUUUCAUUGGCUACUUGGAUAAUUACGCGAAAACUUUUCGCGUAAAUCCUUCCUAUUACAGGAUUGUUAGGUCUGCGUCUUUCGACUCGAAAAGGAAGAAAUGGAUUGUUAGGGCACAAAAUACUGACAAUGGGUCGAAAGAAAUCUACUCGGCUCGAUUCCUUGUUGUUGCGACUGGAGAGAAUAGUGAAGGGAUUGUUCCGAAAAUCCCUGGAGUUGAUAGUUUCCCUGGGGUGUCCAUGCAUUCUAGCCAUUACCAAAAUGGCAGAGAUUUUGCGAACAAAAAAGUUUUGGUUGUUGGUUCUGGGAAUUCCGGCAUGGAAAUUGCUUAUGAUUUGUCGGAUUCCGGUGCUACCACCUCAAUUACUGUUCGCAAACCGGUCCAUGUUCUAUCAAAAGAAAUGGUAUUCAUAGGAAUGAAAUUGUUGAAGCACCUGCCAGUAAAUCUAGUCGACAAAGCUGUAGUUCGACUAAGCAAAUUACGUCAUGGAAAUCUUGCGAAAUAUGGACUUGAAAGGCCAAAACUUGGACCUUUUCUUAUGAAAUUUUUGACCGGACGAUCUCCGGUCAUUGAUGUGGGGACGAUCAAAAAAAUUAAAAAGGGCGACAUUAAGGUUGUACGAGCUGGAAUAAAAGAGAUUGAUGGAUUUAGCGUAAAAUUUACUAACGGCGUGAGGGAAGAUUUCGACGCCAUCGUUUUUGCUACUGGCUAUAAAAGUACGGUUGGGAGAUGGUUGAAGGAUGAUUCAAGACUGUUCAAUGAAGAUGGGAUGCCUGGGAAAAAGAAACCUAAUCAUUGGAAGGGAGAAGAUGGUCUUUAUUGUGCUGGUUUUGGAAGAUUGGGUCUUUUUGGAAUCUCCAAUGAUGCUAUGAUCAUAGCCUCAAAUAUUAAUUCCAUUUUGAGGAAUGAGAGAACCGAUGCUCCAUCAAAGGGAAAAUUAAAUUAAACGUAGAG